AUGAAGCGUGUAUUGUAUCGGCACGGUGGCAGCGGUGGCGUGGCCGGUACGGCGCGGCGGACGGAGCGGGCCGGAUGCGGGUUGCGUGUGGCCGCGGCUUCAGCUCAGAAAAUGAUUUAUAUUGUUUGUGUAGCGGCGGAGCGGGGUGAGCGGGGGGCGCUUUCUCAAGCAGAUCCAGUCCACUGCAGAUAUGGGCGAGUAUUAUUAUUGAUCCGGCUCGGGCGGUCGGCGGUCGGCAUUUCCUACCGCUCAUACUCGGGCGGGCGGGGGAGCCGGCCGCCGCCCGGCAUAUUUAUUGAGGCGCGCGGGACGGCACACGACGUAAAACUUAUUAUAACGACGCCGACCAUCUACUUCGGUGCACUAACCUUUAAUGAGAGGCGUAGGGCGCCGCGAGGGCGGAGGGGCGAGGGCCGCGGCUCCUCAUCCAAUCCUAACGCGUUAUGA